UUAACGAAUGUCUUCAAGCCUCCUGUGCAAAUGGUGAGACCAUCCUACAUUUUUAAGUGUCGCGUUCCAAUCCCGGUCCCAGGUGGAUCUAUAAAUGCAUUACCCAACGCCAGAAAAUUUAAUUAGGGACCGUUAGGGAGGUCUAUGCCGAAAAAUACGGAUUCAAAUACAAAGGGGGGUGAGACGAAAAAAAAAUGGUGUUUAUGGGAGGGAGAUAAAAAGUGCUUUUAACUUUUGUAAUGACGGGAUGACCAAGAACAGUACCAUUCGGCUGGUUAGAAGUCUCAAAAAAUAGCGUUUUUGAUGUUAAGAAAAUUCUCAUUUUUCCGGGGAAGCAUGCGUCAUCGCCCUACUUUAUUAAUGUAAGGACCGUUCAGGAACUUCAGUAGAUGCAAGAAAUGUUAGCUCUUCUUUGGUUUUCAUGGGUCAUUGACAGGGCUGUCAACCCCUUAAGUCUUCAAAUAUUGAGAAUUGGUCGAUGAUGUCAUAAUGCACUGCCCAUGACGUCAUUUCGCCAAACAACGCGCGAAAAAGAUGUUGGUGGAAUUGUAACAUUUGACCCUAUUGGUUUACUUGCCAACAAUUACGUUAUUCCUUAUAGUUCAAUGGCAUACCGGAGUUUAUAAGGAAACGUUCAAUGUUAAUAAAAUAGCUCAAACAACGCAAAAUAUUUGAAAUUUCAUUGUCAGAGAGUCGGGUCCACAAGAAAUUGAAUGGCAAACUUUGGUGAUUAUUCGGUAGAUUUCAGACUCUAAUCUGGAGACCGGAAGAUACGGUUCAAAAUCUGGAGUCUCCCGGAUUAUCCUGGAGAGUUGACAAAACUGCAUUGACUUAACAGUUUUAUAAAGGGCAAUUUCGUGAAAACACGAAAAGAUGCAAAUGAGGUAGUAGAUGAGUUGUAAAAGCUCGAAAACGUACUUCGGAUAGCUAAAUGAUCUCUUAGAAAUGUGGACGUGAUCAUUUCCUGGGUAGAUUGCAAAGACUUCCCUGAUUAUUGGUUUGUAUGUGGUGUUUUGUUGAUGGAUCAUGAUCGAGGAACAGUUAAAUGUUCAUGGGAAGCAGUGUGCCCAAAUAAUCAGCCCUUCGGACUGACAAUCCGGCGGUCACGGUUUCGGGUCGGCGACCCGCUAUGACCACUUGCUGAAAUAGUACACUGGUUUCUCUCCUGUCGGGAUUUGCUUAUAGUACAUUCUCAAUGUAUAAAGAAGCAUUUUUAGUUACAUAUUUCUGGCCGGCUUUUUCAAAUAGGAACUUGUGUUGACAAAGUGAACAACUACAGCUGUAUUUGUAACGCUGGAUUUACUGGCCGAAAUUGCGAUGUUGUUAUCAAAACGUGUAGCAGUGACUCAUGCUACCCUGGAGUACCCUGCAAUGAGAAUAGCAACUCUAUUUACUGUGGUUCGUGUCCAUUUGGCUUUACAGGAGAUGGUAAAAACUGCGAAGGUAAUUUUUAUUUAUUAAAGGGCGGCAUAUGUCCGUGUACUUAUGCCAAAUAACCACUACAAUUGCUACCAGCAGGUAUUUUUUAUGUAUUUUUAGAGUUAAUUCAGUGGUAUAGAUAGCAGAUAAUAUUUGAAGGUAUAUACAACCUUUUUUUAUUCCCAUGCUUGUACUCCUGGCUGCUUACUCCUUGACAGAAACAGAGAACACAAGAUGUGAACUAAAAGAAAAACAAAAACUGCUGUCUGUAUAACAUCACUCUGAUUUUUCGACGAAGAAGUAAAGGGAAGAAACACUCGACUGCGUCGCGCAUUUCCCCCCUACACUUCUUUCGUGCUCUAGCCGCUUACUGUGUGCUUUACAACAGAACAGAGCACAGUCAAGUCUUCUUUAUUUGUUAAAUCAGGUCAAUAACCAGAGUUUUAAAAUACCAUUAACCGAAACGAUACAACUCACUUUGACUCUGAAGAUGACUGCCGCACAGGUUUUCGAAACGUCAGUCACUGUCAAUAAAAGUCCCAUUCAGGACUACACUGACCCUGACGAUUGUACGCUAACUACAAUAUACUAAAACAAAUAUUCACCUCAGGCUCAGUUAAUAGUAAACAGUUAAUGACUGGUUCCGAGGUAAACAGUUAAUUUUGUAUCCCGAGAAUUUCAAUGUUACAUUGAGAUUCGAGGGAAACAAAAUUAGCUGUUUGCCGAGGGACCAGUCCUUAAGUGGAUUGUUAUAACCCAUGAAGAAAAACUUUUUCCUGUACAAAUUUAUAAAAAUAAAUCUCGCGACCGGUCAACAUUCCCGGGUAAUAUGGUACUGUUACCCUCGAAUGACCACGUGUCAUAGAUGUUGCAAUUUUGCCCGCUCAGAGAUUUUGGCGAAAAAGAGUUUCACUGUUAGAUGUCAUGUGACCUCGAAGUAACCAAUGAAAGAGCGCGCUGUUGAGAACAAAAAUUUCCAGCCAAAUAACAAUGUUGAAUAAUCCCCUCGACCUCGUCUCGGUGAUUUUUCCACAAUAUCAACUUCCAUUCGGCAAACAAUUCUCUUAAAGUAGCCAUAAAGAGAAAAAAAAAAAAACUUAAAAUGGAGUUGUCUGAUCAACUUAAUACAAAGUCGGCUAACAUAUUGAUUAUCACUAACAAUAGCAUUGACCUUAUUAUUAUAACGUCAUUUAUCAUGAAAGGAGGAACUGGAACCAUCCACCAUCUUGGAUUUUCGAUUUUGCUCUAAACCUGUAUAAAAAGAAGUAAUCGUGAUAUAAAUAGAAGUACAACUUCUUUUAUAGACAAAAAUGAAUUUUUAAAAACAUGGCAUUAAAAACUCGGUUGCCCUGUAUGCAAGGUAAAUGUUAACGUACUCGUCACGGUGAAUUUACUUCAGGGAAGUUGGCUACGUUUAUUAUUCAACUGUUUAAAGAAGGGGGAAGGGGGCUCAAAAUCCCUUCUCCGAUAUGAAGAAGUUUAAUAUUAUUAGUUAGUAUAUUCUUACAAAGUGAUAUUGGUGUUUUGAGCACUCUGAUAAGUUCGCAAUCUCGGACUAUGACUUCAUAUUCAACGCUCUAGGCGUCAAAUAAGAAAAAAAAACUAAACGCGUUGUUUUGCCGAAGUUCUAGAGUAAGAACCUUUGAAAACACUCUGGAAUGAAGCUGAUGUGAACUGCAGAAAUAUAAGCUGCCACUUGAGUUUCACGCUUAGCCAAGUUUCUGGUGAGAGGCCUUCACUGAUAAACAUACCAUCAGGUAUUUCACGCUUAGCUUUCCUCAAGAUUUCUUCUAUCUGCUUCCAAUUUCUUAGCCGACAGGACGAUCGAUCGUAGACCAGGUGGCCGUUCAAGCUGUUAAGGCUCGCUCACCUGAUUUCUGUGUUGUUACCUUGGAUUCCUUUCGCUUGAUGUCCGCAUAAAUACCUAGUUUCUCACUAAUGACAUCCUUCAACAAACCCUCACACCACCACCCCGAAAAUCGACCCAGCCCCUAAAUUAUGACAUUGAUGGGAAUGGCUCAGGACAUUAUAUGAAGUCUUAUAUGAGCUACAUACCAUCAUUGUCACGACAAAACAGUCAUUGUCAGUGACUAAAUACGCGUAAAAAUGCCCCAGGAACAGUACUAUUUUGGAAAAAAAAAUGGGCACAGAAAUACUCAAAAGUCGAUUUUAUCCGGGAGAUUUGGUGACUCGUACGAGAGAGCGGGAGAUCGGUGCUGUAUCCGGGAGAGUUCGCAUAUUAUGCUCUUACGUUAUUCCUCCUGCUGGAUUCUCCAGAGCCUCUUUUCAGAAGAAUCCUUUUCGGCCUCGGCGAGUUUCGAAAAAACAGGUAUCAGGUCUUGCACUUCACCUUUAGUGAACUCGACGCUCUUCUUCAGACCGUUAGCUUGCUUUUUGCUGUAGUAGUUAAAACUGCUGCUAGUAUCUCUUUUAUUUGUUGUUCAGUUUUGUAAGAAAAUAAAUUUAGUCGUCUUACCUUUACAGACAUUAAUGACUGUGUCAAUCACACCUGUCAAAACGGCGGCUCUUGUGUGGAUGGCAUCAACAACUUCGCGUGUAACUGCCUGAAGGGGUAUACUGGGAGUCACUGCCAGACAGGUAUACCGCUUUGAAGCAAAAUUAUACAGUUUUUAACCAUUAAUACUUAAAUAAAUUUGACUAGCACAUUUAAAUGGUCUGCCAAGUUGCCAAGUGGUCUGCCAUACAUUGUACUUCUAUGUUUUUAACAGACAUCAACGACUGUGUAAAUCACACAUGUUUGAACGGUGGGUCGUGUGUAGAUGGUGAAAACAACUACACUUGCAGAUGUGUUGCAGGAUUUAAAGGAGAUCGCUGCGAAACAAGUAAGAUUUCUGGAAUUUCACUGAUAUUAAAUAAUUUUUAAGUAACACUUCAGCAGGGAAAAUCAGAAAAUGUCCCAAAAAUCUGAAAAAAAGAGUUCCAUGAGAAAUGUUAUUGAGCAAGUCGGAAAAUACCAUAAUAUUCUUUAAAGUUCUGUUUGGCUAGUACCUUAUGUAAGCACGACUUUUGUAGUAUAUAUGAAAAGUAAUCAUAAUAUUAAUAUAUUAUUGUUCUUUGUAAAAGCAAAACUAACAAGGAAUUCACAUUCCAUUAGAAUUGCAACGAACAAAAUUCUCUUUUCAGAUAGUUUCUUCCGUAUAUUGCUUUUUCUUGAAGCUGUUCAAAGUGCUGUUUUUAGACUCUGCUGUUUAUUUGUUUUAAUUCUUAUUUUUUUGGUUGUUCAGUAUAAUAACAGCAUCAUUAAAAGCGCCUUUCAUUUUCGUUAAACAGACAUAAAUGACUGUGUCAAUAACACCUGUCAAAACGGUGGUUCUUGUGUGGAUGGCAUAAAUAAUUUCACGUGUAACUGCCUUAAGGGGUAUACUGGGAGUCAUUGCCAGACAGGUGUGCCGCUUUGAAGCAAACUUAUUUAAUACAAUUUUUAAGCAGUAAUACGUAAAUAAAUUUGAUUAACGCGUUUAAAUGGUCUGCCAUGUUAUACAUUGUUCUUCUAUGUUUUUAACAGACAUCAACGACUGUGUUAAUCACACAUGUUUGAACGGUGGGUCGUGUGUAGAUGGCGUAAACAACUACACGUGCAGAUGUGUUGCAGGAUUUAAAGGAGAUCACUGCGAGACAAGUAAAAUUUAUGGAAUUUCGCUGAUAUUAAAUACAUUUUUUGAUGCACAAGAAAUUUACAUAAAAAUUGUAUAAGAAAGGUUUGAUAAGAAUGGUAUUACAGCGGUUACCACUAACACGCGCCCUCAAAGGGUUUUUUCUUCGGUUCAAACCUGCGUAUUGACAAGAUGAAAAUUUAGCACUAACAAAAUUUGAGAAACGUUCAGUCCUUGUGGCCAUGGGCCUGCCAGAACUCCCAGAUCUUAGACACACACAGGUAGAUAUAGGAACCACUCUGUUGUGUAUUAGUGGGUAUAAUGGGUUACCUGGCCGAACCUUACCUAUAAAUUUAAUACACGAGACUGCCCGACGGUCAGAAAGAGUGGAUAAUCCAGCUUUUUCAAGUGCUGUUUCAUACGAAAUACCAGGCCAUAUGAUGGAAAGGGCCCUUUUUUGCACGUUCUCAAGAUAGCAAGCAAGAUACUUAGGCGAGUCAGCAAAGACAGCGGAGGCGUACUCUAGUAUAGUGCGAAUUAGCGCGCAGUAGAUAUGAACAAUAUCAGCCGACGGAACUUUGCACUUCUUGAGUUGUCUCAGUGCAUAAAGCCGUCUGUUGGCCUUCCUCACUAUUUAGUCGCAGUGUACUGCAAAAGUGAGGUCCUCAGAAAGAUGGACACCGAGGAGCUUAAAUGUAGAGACCUGUUCAAUAUCGGACCCACCAACCGUGAUUGGGCGCGGAACGCAACUAUUGUAGUGAAGAAAGUCAAUAGUUAUGGACUUGCAUUUACGGGGGUUUAAGCGCAUGUUGUUCUUAACAGCGAAAGCGUAGAUAUCAUCAACUACUACAUUCAAUAACGAUGGCGAAUUGCGAGGUACAACCUCCAAAACGGUCAGAUCAUCCACGAAUUUAAUGCGGGCGCCCCAACUUUGAACAAGGUCAUUGACCAUAACAGCAAACAACACAGGACCCAAUUUUGCGCCCUGAGGAAUGCCUCCAUUUAGAUAUAAAGGAGCAGAAACCGAGUCGCCAACCUGUGUGACCUGAGCCCUCCCUUGCAAAAAGGUUGCGCCCACCUAAACAAGCUCCAGUGGAGACUGAACUGUGUAGAAAGCUUCUCCAUUAAUAUAAGGUGAUCAAUAAGGUGAAAACCUUUUUUUAAAAUCAGCAAUAAAUAACCUUAGUUAGCAGCCGCCCCUGUCCAGGGCUUCUAAAGCCAAGUGUAAAAGAUAGACAAGGGCCUGCUCGGUCGAUUUACCAGCUACCGCAAAUUGGUUUCUAUCGAGGUUGCCUACAAUAGAUGGAUAUACUCUAGCUAAUGUGAAGCCCUCCAGCACUUUAGCGAGCUGGCAUGUGUGAGAGAUAGGCCUCACAUCGUCCUCGAUGCACUUGGGAGGGGUCACCUUGGGGAGGGGGUGGACUAUCGCACCCUUGAGGAGAGGAGGAAUGAAGCCGUCACGAAGUGUUGAGUUGUAAAGAUCGGCAACAACUGGCGCAAGUUCAAAGGCGAAAAUCUUGGGAACGACAAUCCCGUCGGGUCCAGCCGCCUUCUUGGUUUUAAUGUCACGAAGAGUCUUAUACGCCCCCCAAAUUAGUGACGAAUAACUCUUGAGGGAUACAAGGACCAUGAAAUCUCGUAAUAUCGCCAGGUUUGUGUGGAAUGAUUACAAGGAGUACGAAGAUUACGAGGAGUACGAAUUUGUUGAGUGUCGGAAUAAAUUCGAAUUAUCAACAUACUUACACACUGUAAGUCACAACCACAUAAGCUUUCUCACUACACGCUCGAAACUGGCCUGAGUUCUUGCUAUGAGUUCUGGAUUCUAUUCGAUAACAUGAAGAACGAUAGGUAGAUCUCCAGGUUACAAAAUUCAUUUUCAAAAACAGCCUCCAUUCAGAGGAAACUUUUCUCCUUGUCGGUGUGAUAUCUCUCUUUUCUUUGAAUUCAUACUUCUUGGCAAUUCGUCCACGGCUCACGUGUUUCAAAUAAAUAAACAAGCUGAAAUCCUUUACGUAAACUAGAGAGAAUGUUUCCGCUAUUUCACUCAGCUCGCAGAGACCUCGUUGUUCUUACAAUGUAAUCCUUCAUCUUAAUGGAAUAAUUAAAAACGCCUUCGUCAUUCGUAAUUUUUCUUGUAAGUCUUCGCCCUUCCUUCAGCGAUGAGGGAACCUUCUCUGUCAGAGCGCUUGAAAAACCAUGGAAACAGUUGAUUGACGUCCACGAAAACUCAGGUGUAAACAGAGAGCAAAAAAAAAAAACCCUUCGAUUGCGUGUGUUAGUGGUAACCGCUGUAAGAGCGAAGGUCGGGAAAAAUCGAGCAAUUAAAUCUUAAUUUCAUACUGAGUUUUGUCCAUAGAUAGCUUUUAGGUCGAUAAGAAACCUGAUGUAGAUUGUUCCCGCCAAAAGCCUUUUAUUUGUGAGGAAAUUGAGACGAUCGGUUUUCGAAGUCGGAGUCUCAAAAUGGCGGCCCAAUUUUUAACCUGAAAUUCGCAAACAUCAACUUUCCUCGCGUUCGCAAACAAAGCCGCAUGGAGAAUAUUCAGGGCAAAGAGAGACUCCUCGUGCUGAAAUAAUUCAAAAGUGAGGGAUAGAUUUUCGGGAUAACUAAAACUUAAGUUCGUUACUCAUUUUCGGCGGCAAUAUUUAACAUGUGGUGUAACGCCAAAUUCUCUUCAUGCCAUUUAAAUCACACCUUUUGAAAUUCAUCUAAAACACACUUGGGAAUUGGUUUGGGUUAUUGAAGGAAAUCUCUGUAACAUUUAGUUCAGGAAUUUUCAUGGUACGCCGGCGGUAAUUGUGAAAACACUUCCAAUUUCGAAAUGCACAAAAGUAGAUAUUUGAACCCCAACGGCUCCAUUUUCUUACUUCAGGCAGGUUUGCCCAUUGCAAAGUUGCUUCUCUAAUCAGUAAGUGAGUAAAAAAGGUCAAACGGGGUCAAUUUUUGGCCAUUUUGAAAUAUUGAGUCUACUAGCUGGCGACUCUGCGUGACAAUCAUUGUUCCGUGACUGCACGUGACAAAGUACGUUUGAGACGGAUAAUACCGUCAAAAUGACAGUCACAGAGUCACCGUUGUAACGCAACGCAAUUCAUGGAAGAGUAACAUUUCGAUGCCGAAAGUGUUUUGAAGAAAACAUCAAAUGCGCUAUAGUUCUGGUACUCACUUUUUUAUCGAGAAAUAAAGACUUUGACAAUGAUAAUUCACUAAGGAUGACGAAAGAGAAGAUAAUUCUUUUCGAGACGAGGAGACUUUGCGCCGUUCAAUAAGUAAUUUUGGUCACGCUUCACUACAUUUGCCAGACUUCGAUGCUUUCUUUUGGAGGCUGCCCUCAAGAAUUAAACCCAAGCCAAUUCUCAGGUAUGUUUAGAUGAAUGUCUACAUUGUGUGAUUAAACGAGGACUGAGAAAAUUUGGAUUUAUACCUCAUGAAAAAUAAUGCCCUAGAAAACAACUACUAAAUUAAAGUUUUUCGUUUUUUAAUUUUGUCAGUUCAACGAGUCCCGCUAUUGAUUUGAAAGUAUCUUCUAGAGGAAGAAAAAGAGUCUUUCUGUUGAUGGAAAUUUCUCCUUGCUUCUUUUUUUUUUUCUUUUUUUUGCGAAAGCGAGGAGAGUUAAUGUUAGCAAAUUUCGGGCUGAAAAUAAGGCCAUUUUGAGACUCCGACCACGAAAACUGAUAUUCCUACUUUUGUCGAAAAUGAAAGGCUUUUUGCGAGAACAGUUUGCAUCAGAUUACGUACAAUGUAUCUGCCAGAAAAGCUACCUAUCUAUCUAUCUCGAUGCCAGAUAUUUCCUGACCGUCCCUCUUUUAAGACUUUAAAAACAUUUUCACUUAAAAAAUCAGAUUUAAGGAAGAACUAACAUAGCUGAAUGAUUUUCCUUGAAAAUGAUUUUUUUCCAGCGAUUAUUUGCUUUACUUGAGUAUUCAGCCUUAGACUUUGGGUCUUUUUGAUAUUAGAACUAGGAGUAAUCUGAGCUUAGGAGAGUGCGUUCGAUAUGUUUGUUAGGCGUAGAGGUAGCAGUUGAGGCGGAAGGGUGGUUGCGAUAUAGAUAAAUAUGAUUAUGGCAUAUUUUCAACGUAAGGGUUGCGGGCAGCGAGACCUCUAUUUAAACUGUGUAUCAUUAUAAGAAUGUUUUCAAAAGAUAUCGUAUGGUUCGGUGUCAAGUGCUUGUAAUCGGAGGAGACAUUGGCCAGAGUGCCAGAGAGUGCGUCGGGCAUGUAAAUGGAACAUUUUGUCUUAUUGGCUUGAGUUACAGGGCGCAGUUGCUCAAAGGCCGAUUAGUGCUUAACCCGGGAUUCUUUUUCUUUCUUCAAAAACAUUCCUUCGGAUAAUUUUCUCUGUUAUUUUUAAGGGCAUCCAAUCAUCAACUGGUUGACAAAAUGAAUUACAUUGAAUUUACUGUUAUAUAAAAGCUUUCAAAUCUGAAUUCAAACUUCGCCCCUGUCAAAGCCUUUAAUGGAACGUGUGUGCGGCUCGCGUCAAUAACUUUUCCAGUAAUUUGGUCAAGCAUGUUGAUUUCAGUGACUCAAGAGUGGCGCUACUGUGGGCUGGUUUAUAACUUUUUCCUAAUAAAUAACAUAGAGUAAAAGUGUUCGUUUGUCUGGUGCCGCAUCUCGGUAGAUUUACUUUGUGACACAACGGCCACCGAACUAUAUAACUCGCUAAAUUUACUUUGUGACACAUCGGCCGCCGAACUUAACCCGGACGCGGUUUGAUGCAUGCACCAGGAGUCGCAGACAUUUUCCAAAGACAGUGACGAACCAUGCUCAAAAAUAUGAAGACUUGAUCCAACUGAUCCAAAGUAAAACUUAACAGCAAACUCCUGAAAGAUGAACGCUUUGGACAAUUCAGCAAACACAGAUCGAUGUACGCUUUACGAGGAUUCAGCAAACUUUUAAAAUGAUGAACGCUUUACGAAGCUUUGACAGAAUAUCAGACCUUAGCAGGGGUGAUGAAUGGUCCAUUAAAAUUUUUAAAUGCUCGCAAAAUUUUACCUUUGCUCGAUUUGCUCGCAAAAUUUAAACGAGUGCUCGCUUGCUCGAGCUCCCAAAAUGUUUGCAGUUGCUGGUAACCUCGCUUUCUUGUCAGUGGAAAUGCACGCGAUAAAUAACAAUAAUAAAUAAUAAAUUAGCUAAUCUAGCUAUAUAUGGUUAUUUAUGUUUGUUAUAUACGGUUGUUCUUCUGGUGACCUUUGCUUUCUGAUCCGUACGAACACGUGCGUAAUGAAGUGAAGUGAAAUGUGACAUCAUUUGGCAUCAAACGCGACUGUUUAGAUCUCGAUAAGGUGUCACUCAAACUAGCUUCAAAGAACUUGGUGCGCUCUGAAUUAAAACCCCGUUUUAAAAUAUUUUCUGUUUUACUUUAAAGAAAAUGAUUUCCAUAUGGAUUGCUGCAAGCGGAAAAUAUAAGAUGUGCUCGCUGCUCACGAGUUGUACUCUUUAAACUGCUCGCUGCUCGCAAAGCAAAUUUUUUAUACCUGCUCGUGCUCGCAAAAAAUCGCAGUGCUCGGCAUGCUCGCGAAUGUUCGCAAAGACCAUUCGUCACCCCUCUCAGCAAAUCUUUGAAAGAUGAACGCCGAGGACACAAGAAUUACCACAUCAGUUAGCGCGUCAAAGUGAGGCAAAAAGUAAGCAAGCGCCUCAAAGCGAGGCAAAUGUCUGUCGACGACGACGACGAAAAUGCAAUAGAGCGAUUUUCGUAUGACCUUGAAAAACGGUUCGGUAAGUGUUCGUCAUCUGUUUCAUGAGCCAAUGGAUGAAAAGAUCAAAACAUGGACUCUUCGUUUUCCCGCCAAAGAAAACCCUAACAUGGAGAAGGCAUUGUUCGAUUGGACAAUCGUGUUGCAGUAUGACGUCAAAGCGAAGUAUCUAUUGAUUUCUAGAAAGUUCUCGGGCAUGAAGUUUUUUCAUCCGAACGUUCGCUUAACCAACCAAAAGCCAUCCGCGUCUGUAUCCGUUCGAUAAACCAAUCAAAUCGCUCUAUUUCCUUCGUUUGUUGUGUCUGUUUUGUUCGCGCGUUUUCAUUUCAAGGUCAUACGAAAAUCGCUCUAUCAAAAAAACCUCACUUAUUAAUUGCACAGGACACCCAAUACCCAACACAAAUUAGGGGUUGCGUUCUCGUACCUCGAACGCAAUAAUUAGUACGUAAUAAUUGUUGUGUUGUUGUUCAAUACGGGGAGUUUUUAAACAAGGAAUUAACAACGCUAUGUUCUUUGUAUCCAAUUAUCUUCUCUGUAUUAUAGCAUUGCUUUUUAUUGUAGCUGAUCAAACUGCUGCUUAUGUAUCACUCUAACUCGCUGUCCAGUUUUGUCAGAAAAUAAAUUUAGUCUGCUCAACUUUACAGACGUUAAUGAAUGUGCCAAUCACACUUGUCAAAACGGUGGUUCUUGUGUGGAUGGCAUCAACACAUUCACGUGUAACUGCCUGAAGGGGUACACUGGGAGUCUCUGCGAGACAGGUAUGUCGCUUUGAAGAAAAAUACGGCUUCAGUGUUGAAUACAAGUCUUGAGGAUUUAUACUUGAAAAAAUUGACUAACAGGUUUAAAUGAUCACCCACGUUAUACAGUGUACUUCUAUGUUUUUGACAGACAUCAACGACUGCGUUAAUCACAAAUGUUUGAACGGUGGGUCUUGUGUAGAUGGUGAAAACAAUUACACGUGCAGCUGUGCUGCAGGAUUUACAGGAGAUCGCUGCGAGACAAGUAAGGCCUAGUUUAAAAUAACGCCAAAUCUUCGAAUUUAAUUCAAUAUUUACCAUGCAAUCAAAUAAAUUCAGCGAUUCUGCGACAUAUAAAUUGAAUCAAAUUUGUCUGAAGAAUUUUAAGUUAAAUUUAAAAAUUUGUCCAAGACAUUUUAUCCGCCUUUGCCAGACAGACAAACGCUUGUAGAGCGUCUGUGCUUUCGAUCGACGAGCUCUCAUUUCGAGAGUCCGUCGUGGGUGGUUCAGCGGUGAUCACUGUUGAUCGGACGUGUUGUUCACCGCUCCGUGUAAAUAUAGCGAAAACUCUAUUAAGCGGACCCCCAAUUACGCGGACACCCUCUAUUAAGCGGACACUAAGCCGGGUCCCGAAAUUAACGUCGUAUAUUUCUCUUUAUAACGAACCCCUAUUCAGCGGACGCGGACAUUAGAAUAAAUUAUAUUUGGCUAAUUUCUAUUGUUAAUAACCUCUAUUAAGCGGACACCGGACUGAAUUGACAAUAGUAGUAUUGAAUUACGUCCUUGAAAUGUCUACAGUAGUCGAUUAAUAAAGAUAAAUCAAUACAUUAAGCUGUCAAUAAACUAUGGAUAAGACCAAUAGUCUUGCCCAAAUUACAGCACAGCUUCCUUAACAACAUGGACCUUUAUCACAGUACAAAGUAACCGUUGAAAGUUAAUCGCUUACAAACAUUGCGCAAUUUUUACAAACCUCUAUUAAGCGGACAGUUGGGAAGGUCCCGAAGGUGCCCGCUUAAUAGAGGUUUCUCUGUAUAAUCGUCUUUUUUCAAACCGUUCUUGGCGAUACAAUGGCCUUAGAAAUAUCGAUCGCCAUCCACACAUUAUCAAUGGCAGUGUUCCAAGAAAUUUCACGAGUCAAAAAAGGCCUCUUUGCUUCAUAAUCUAAGCACGUUAUCAUUCCAGAUCACGUUCAAGGCGUGCUCUUCCAAUACCGUUAUGGAUCUACGUCUGGCCAACAGGAGGGCAAUUUGUAUUCAAAGCUACUCCCGCAUUAAAACUGGGUCUCUAUCUUCUAAUGAACAAAGCAAUCAGACGCGAUGAUUAACAAUACAGUCGACUCCCGAUAACUCGAACCCUCGCUAACUCGAACCUCGCGCUAACUCGAACCAAAAUCGAAUUCCCCUGGAUUUCCGUCAUACAUUAACUGUAAUUUUACCCUCGGUAACUCGAACCCUCGAUAACUCGAACCAAUUUUCGUUUCCCCUCAGGUCAUUUUCUAUAUAAGUUUACCCUCAAUAACUCGAACCAUGUUUUGAGCCCUUAAAAAUUCGGGAAAAGUCUUCUGCCGGCGUCCGAAACAUUGAAUUUUGGAUUUCUUAUUGAGGUGUCGUAGGAAUAUAGUUUACUAGGGUAUCUAAAAGAUAGUAAUGCUGCGGCACAUUCUGUUGAUACUGGCAUUAGUUAGGCAGCGAGACUUAAAAGAAUCGAAAAUGAUAUUGAAUGUCCUAUUUACAUGUUGGAAAGUACUAGAAUAAUUAGUAUCAGUCUAUAGAAAGAACUCGUGGGAACGUUGUUUAGAAAAUGAUCAGGUGGUUAUAACUCUGGUUUUCCCACAGUAAAUUGUAGGAAACAAUAGAAAUUCAGAUUGUUUAUCCAUAUAUUUAAUAUACGGUGCACGAUAUUUUCUCUGGAAACACAAUACUUUUCUUGCUGUUUGUUGCACUUUAUUAAGUAACAGUUAUUUAGCUAUAUAUUUAUAGAAAACAACUACACAGAAAACGGAAAAAUAAGAAAGAAGGAAUAAUGAAUUCGGUAGGACUCGAAACCUGCACCUUCGGCUCGACGCGACUACACCUAACCACUACACCACAGAGGCUAAUUACGUAAUUUGUAGGAAAAGUCUUGAUUUAUUCCCUUUCCAGACUUUCCAUGAAACUUCCGCCGGCAAGAUGAUCGCCAGCCGCAUUAACCGAGCUAUUAACAGUGAAAAAAACAAUGUAAACGCAUAUUCCAUGGCAAUGAAUGAAUGAAAGAACAUAAUUAUGCUUUUCAAAACGCCGAUACACGUCCUCGUCUGCAAAGUAGGACACAAAACAUAUGUUUUGUUAUCUCGAUUUCCGCUGUUAUUUUGCAGCGAAUGGUCAAAAUCACAUCCAUUUUCGGCUCAUACAGUUUCUUAAGAAUAGCACUGCAUGACAUUUUCUCACUUUCACAUCACCUUCUAGCAAGCUGGAAUUUGUAUAUCCCCCGUGUUGCGGAGUCGAAGAGCAAAUGCUCAUCGUCUCGUCAGGUUUAACACCUGGACGAGUCAAAGGCUCUUAAAUUGAAAUCCAAUCCCCAAGUUAACCAUUGUACUCAUCUGAAAGACUCCUGCGUGUCGUAAAAUUUGGUAAGACCUCUAACCGUGCUGUAGAAAAUUUGCCACAAAGAAACCUCUAAGUCUGAGCAGCGAACGAUGCACUCUCUCACCCACCGAACUUCCCCGUGUUUUUAUUUGAGUUGUUCGUGGCGCAAUGCACUCUGGUUAAAUAUGCAAUGCAUUGUGGUAAAAAGUGUGGUUAAAUGCAAUGUAUUGUGGUAAAAAGUGAUGAAUUCGAGAAUUUGUCGCCCCUUAUUGCUGCGGAGCGACCGAAGGGAGCGAGCAGCAACAUAAUCAGGAUUUAAAGGAAAUAUAUAAGGGGAGACGAAUUCUCGAAUUCAUCACUUUUUACCACAAUGCAUUGCAUUUAACCACACUUUUUACCACAAUGCAUUGCAUUUAACUAGAGUGCAUUGCGCCACUAACAACUCAAAUAAAAACACGGGGAAGUUCGGUGGGUGAGAGAGUGCAUCGUUCGCUGCUCGGUUUUCUUUGUGACAAAUUUUCUACAGCACGGUUAGAGGUCUCACCAAAUUUUAAGACACGCAGGAGUCUUUCAGAUGAGUACGAUGGUUAACUUGGGCAUGGGAUUUCAAUUCAAGAGCCUUUGACUCGUCCAGGUGUUAAACCGUGACGAGAAGAUGAGCAUUUGCUCUUCGACUCCGCAACACGGGGGAUAUACAAAUUCCAGCUGGCUAGAAGGUGAUGUGAAAGCGAGAAAAUGUCAUGCAAUGCUAUUCUUAAGAAACUGUAUGAGCCGAAAAUGGAUGUGAUUUGGACCAUUCGCUUCAAAAUAACAGCAGAAAUCGAGAUAACAAAACAUAUGUUUUGUGUCCUACUUUGGAGACGAGGACGUGUAUCGGCGUUUUGAAAAGCAUAAUUAUGUUCUUUCAUUCAUUCAUUGCCUUGGAAUAUGCGUUUACAUUGUAUAUUCACUGUUAAAAGCUUGGUUAAUGCGGCGAUCAUCUUGCCGGCGGAAGUUUCAUGGAGAAGGAAUAAAAUGAAAGACUUUUCCUAACGACUUUGUAAUCAGCCUCUGUGGUGUAGUGGUUAGGUGUAGUCGCGUCGAGUCGGAGGUGCCGGGUUCGAGUCCUACCGACUUACUUAUUCCUACUUUCUUUUUUUUUCCGUUUUUUGUGUUGUUGUUUUCUAUAAAUAUAUAGCUAAAUAACUGUUACUUAAUAAAGUGCAACAAACAGCAAGAAAAGUAUUGUUUCCAGAGAAAAUAUCGUGCACCGUAUAUUAAAUAUAUGGAUAAACAAUGUGAAUUUCUAUUAUUUCCUACAAUUUACUGUGGGAAAACCAGAGUUGAUAACCACUUGAUCAUUUUCUAAACAACGUUCCUAUGAGUUAUUUCUAUAGACUGAUAUUAAUUAUACAUGUAAAUAGGUCAUUCAAUGUCAUUUUCGAUUCUUUUAAUUCUCACUGCUUACCUAAUGCCAGUAUCAACAGAAUGUGCCGCAGCAUUACUAUCUUUUAGAUACCCUAGUAUAUUUCUUUUAAAUCCUGAUUAUGUUGCUGCUCGCUCCCUUCGGUCGCUCCGCAGCAACUAGUGGAGGCUGAUGUUGAUUGUCACAGGCUAACGUAAAGCAGCUUUUCUUCUCAAAACAGUAAAACGCAUGCUCUAUUUAGGCUAUGUUUUGUUACGUUACGUUCUGAUUUAUAAUCUAGAAGUAUCUUUUAAUUUUCACUUGACAUUUCUACAAUUAAAUGUGAUUAAAAUGUUCACUGUGCGUUAAAAACUGUUUUUUACCUUACUCUUGGCUAUUUUCUUCGAACUCCCGAUAACUCGAACCUUUUUUAGAUUUCCCUUGAAGGGAGUCGACUGUAGCUGUAUUGUUCGGGGCGAAGAGUCAGUGCCGUGAGAAUUGGGGCAGUGUACCAACAAAAUAAGGUAGAAAAAAAAUCAGAAUUCAAACCAAUUGCUGCAAUUCUUUUCCUUUUCUUCCAAAACACAAUCUUACUGGCAUCAUUAAAUUCAAUGAAAAAUUUGUUUAUAAGUGCGCGUACAUUAUUUCUUAAAUAGGUUUCUUUAGUUGCGCUUAAGUUUUGUGUGUGGUUUGCUUUCAGACAUCGAUGAUUGUGUCAGUGUUACUUGUAACAACGGCGGUACCUGUGAAGAUGGUAUACAAAGCUUUACCUGUGUUUGUCCGUAUGGGUACACUGGAAAAUUUUGUGAUACAGGUAAGCAGAUUUUCUAUUUCUAGACAUUAAAAUAUGAGGGAAGCAGCCUUUACUUUUGAAUUUUCCUAAAACAUCUAGAAGUAAGUGAACAAAAAAAUCUCAUAGGAGACCUUAGAGAUAGAUGGAUACCCAAUACCUGCGAUGUUAACCGAUGUGACCAUAAGUUUCAGUGCUUACAUGCCUGCGACAAUUUUUUUUUUUUUUUUUUUAAAUUUCACUGCAGUUAAAAGUGGUGUAUGCAAGAGCUCGUAGUUGCAAUAAAUUCCAUGAGGAAUUUUAUUCUAUAUCAAACAUGUGCCGCGUAGGUUCGAAAGUUUUGCUCCCAAAAGAGAAUUGCAUUAACAAAAGUUUCCAACUAUUGUACCCCCCCCUCCCUCUUUAAACUAAGCUCCCGGCGAGAUAAAGCUUUAGAUUUGUUUGACAAGAAACAACAUUGUUAAGACUAGCAGAAUAGAAGGGGCGCUGUACGUUAGUGAGUUAAGUUUGCUCACCUAAUUCUGUUUCUUCAAAUAAAUGGUACAAGUUUUUUUUACUUUUAUUUCAGAGUUACCAACUAAAUCUUCAGAGAGUACCACAGAACCGGCACAACUAACAACCGACGAAGUCUCCGAGGAACAGAAGACAGGUUGAUAGAUUGAUAUCCAUAAAUUGAAAUAAUAAGAAACAUAUUGUUUGCAUUUAAAUAAACCAGUCCACAAAUUUUACACCUCGACGUACAAUACCGUGUUAAGAUAGCGGCGGUUUUAAGUUACUGUUAGGGACCUACCACACCACUUACAAUGCAGACAUCCAAGAUGGCGGCGAUUUUGAACACCAGUUUAGGUUUUGCCAUGAUAAGGUUAUUUGCACAAAAAACAAAUUACUUCAUGUUACCCUUUUGUUGUAUCUGGUAACCAUGACAACCGAUUGUCACCAUACUUGGCAAAAAUGUGUCUUUAGAUUAGAGAACAGGAGAACAGCUACCUAGAGGUGUGAGGCUCUAGAAAAACCACAUGAUGAAUAAUGAUAAUAAUAAUGAUAAUGAUAAUGAUGAUGAUAAAAUGAUUGACAAGCAAUAUUUUUCACCGAUGAGUCGCCUAUGUGGUGAAAGGGAGGAAACUGUCAGCCAUAUAACAACAGAAAUACAAGAAAUUAGCUCAAAAGCAAUAAAAGAACUGGAGGCACGAUCAGGUUGCUAAAGUUGUUCAUUGGAAUCUCUGCCAAAAUUACGAUCUGUAGUGCAAAGAAACUUAGUACAAUUAGGGAGUGAUGGAAAAUGACCAAGUGCAGUUACUGUGGGAUUUCAGAAUUCAGACUGUGAUCACCAUUUAGAACAUAACAGGCCCGAUAUAGUUCAUUCAUUCAUUCGUUUUCAUUCAUUCAUUCAUUUUUUUUUUCCAUUAACCAGAAAUACAAGAACAGUAUACAGAAACUUAUAAUACAUUAAAGAUAAUAUACAAUAUUCUAACUAAAUUAUUUACAAGAUCAGAUAUUUAAAGUGGUAAUGACAAGGAAGUCUAUAAACUAUAGACUUCCUGAAACUAUAGGGUAAACGGCCACGCAAGUUAAGUCGUAUUGGAAAGGGGAGCAGAGUGUGCCAAACCAUCGAUGUAACAUGUCCUUUUGAUACCCGACUUGCAGAAAAAGAACGAGAGAAGAUCGACUACUACUAGGACUUAAAAGUGGAAUACAAAAGAUGUGGAACUGGAAAAACGUAUCUGUUGUUCCAAUUGUAAUUGGGGCACUUGGGGCAGUGACCAAGGAGCUGGACGUAGCCAAAGAACUAGAGCUGCUACGGAAAGCAUGCAACAUUGUAGAUCCCAGCUACAAAUCACUGUUUUAAAACGAAACGAGCUUCAGCGCAAUGCUGCGUGUAAAAAGCACAAUCCAGGCCUUAAAGCGUCUUUCGACAGUAACUAAAGUACAAAAUGCGAUAGAAAAGAACUUUAUGCUAUUUGUAGUUAUUCAAGCCUUAAAAAAGUCGGUUAUGUUCCUCUGCAUGCUCUGUACACCUUUCGCAAAUCGUUAUUUGAUAUACAGCGGUUAAGCUUUUGAAAUCGCGCACCUUGCAAACACAAACUAUGAUCACCUGAUCACUGCAAUAAAGAGGUUAAAUUUAUGUGAAUUUACUCUCUGGUGUCGAGAUUUAAUGUGCGUCGUCAAUAUUAGAGAGAUUCCGUAUUAUGGAGGUUUUUUUGAUAAUUUUUUGAUAUUUUUUUCGGGACAUUAGAAACUGUCCGUAUUAGAGAGAUGUCCGUACCGAGAGGUUCGACUGAAGUAAUAAUAAUUAUCAUAAAAAUUACUAUUAUUAUUAUCAUUAUUAUUAACGGCAGUGCUAUAAUUAUUUGCAAUCACAAUAACUAUAUCUACUUCACCUCUCUGUACAUUAUAUUUUUAUUCAGAUUUCACUUUCGAAGUUCGUGUUAACGAGGAGUGGGACGACCAAUUAAAGGACGAGAACAGUGAGAAAUAUAAGAAAAUAUCCACAGUGCUUAAAGAACAGGUACAGUUAACCAGGGAGGUACAGUAUCAGAUUUAAUUUUUUCAAACUGGCAAGAUUUUUUCCUUGGGAAUCCCCUCUUAUCCCUUUUCAUUGCAUGCUUCCCAGGCAACAAUAAACGUUUUUGGCCAAAAUUAAGUUCAAUAGUAUGUCGUUAAGUAAAAAACACUCUAACUCAUCACGAGUAAAUUUAAUGUGUAGUUUAAAAAAAUAACAAUAAACUAGAAGACUGCCGAUGGAAGAUUCAUUUAGUUUAAAAUCCCAUUUUAUAAUAAUUUAUGUCCUAGCAAAAAAGACUUUUUAUUAGCUGACAGGGAGUAUGUUAUAACGCUUUUGAUCGUCAAUACCUUUUUGAAGAGUACUGAACAAAGAUUACCUAAAUAUUUCUUAGAGUCGAGGUGGCUCAGAGGUGAACAAUUUUGCACUUCCUUCUCUCAAGCCUUAACUGCCAUUUCGUUUAGAUACUUGUACUAGUAUUUCGACAAGAAACUAAUUGCACUGUGAGUGUGUACAUGGGUACCCGCAACAUACAGCUGAGGGUAAUUCUGAUUUUGACUAGCACCCCAUCCAGAAGUUGGCCUAACAAUAAAACAAAACGCUUUCGCAACUGCCUCCAGGUUAAUCUCCCACCGUUUUGCUUUCACUCGCGCCUAACCAAAGUUUUCCCAUAGUCACGUAUUAAACUUAUAGAGCCUUUUCAUAUGAAGUCAGGUCCGCCAUGUUGGUGUCUCAAAAUUAUAAUACGGCGGCCAUGUGGAUGAUUGUAACUAGUCCUGUGGGAGUUGAACUCUCUUCUCAUGUAAACGUUUUCUUAAGUCGCAAUAAAUUUGCAAAGCUGCUGGCCACGUAAGUGAAAACACUCUAAACUAGGCUUAAUGAAGUAUUGAGAAAAUAUAUUAAUGUCUCUUGACGUUGCCAACUAAGUGCUAAUUUUGAUUGCUAUUUAGAAUUUUUUGUGCGUUAAUACAGGAAAAAACUCACUAUUUCUUUUUAUCUUUUUAUCUAUAUUCUUCACUCGACAUUGCAGAUUCAAAGAGCAUAUUUUGGAAAGUCUGAACUGCAAAAUGUGGAGAUAAUUUCAUUUAG